AAAGCCGCUGAAGCGCCAUGAGUGUAAGAAAUCUGCCCCUUGAAUGUUUCAAUGGCUCCACUGCCUAUUAAGAAUUCCACGCGAAUUUCCUAUCCUUCCUGUAAACUUGCUAUUUUCAUUUUCAUUUUCAUUUUCAUUUUUGUUUUCAUUUUUUAUUAGUUUUUGCCUAUCCUCACAGAACUGGUCUUCUGUAUUCUGUAUUAACAAGUUACUAACAUCAUGGCACAGUACGGAUACGGUGGGCAGCAUAACCCUUUCGACGAGCGUAACGGCGCUGUCGACAACAAUUAUGGACGACAAGAAUACGGAGACGAAUAUGGCUCAAACGUCGAGAUGGCCUCGCUCACCCAGAACCAGGGCGGUUUUGGAGGCGGAAAUGCGAACUCUAUCUUGAACGAGGUCUCGGAAAUCAACCGCGGGAUCGACACGAUCGACCGAAACCUCGACCAGCUCAAGGUGCUUCAGCAAAGAGCCCUCGACGAUGCCGACACUUCUGCUUCCAGCAACACCAACCGUCAGUUGGACGCUCUUAGCUCCCAGACCAUGGCCGAAUACAGAUCGCUUACCGAGCGCGUACGACAGCUGAAGAGCAACCCCGAGAGCCAGCAGAAGUUUGCUCAGCAGGUUCGUCGCGUCGAUGGACGAUUAAAGGAUGCGAUCAGGGCCUACCAGGGUGUCGAGUCUGCGUUUCGCAAGAAGACGCAAGAGCAGAUGGCCCGACAAUACCGUAUCGUGCGACCCGAUGCCGACGAGGCCGAGGUGCAAGCUGCUGUCGAAGAUCAAACUGGUGGCCAGGUUUUCCAGCAAGCGUUAAUGCAGAGCAACCGUCGUGGCCAAGCCCAAGCUGUCUUGAGCGCCGUACAAGAUCGCCAUGCUCAGUUAAAGAAGAUCGAACAGCAGAUGAUCGAACUAGCUCAGCUGUUCCAGGAUAUGGACACGCUCAUUAUACAGCAAGAAGUUGCUAUUGUGAACAUCGAGCAGAAGGCCGAAGAAGUGGUCGAGAAUCUCGACAAGGGCAAUCAAGAAGUGGGUGUAGCUAUCAACACUGCUAGGGCGACGCGAAAGAAGAAGUGGAUUUGCUUGGGUAUUGUCGUUGCCAUUAUUGCCGUUAUCGUCAUCAUUGUCGCGGUAUACGUAUCAGUUACGAAUGCUGCGAAAGGCGGCAGCAACUCCAAACGUGACCUUAUACAACCAAGCAUUCGGUCGUUGUUCCAAAACACGGCUCUUCCCCAGCUCCUUAGCGAAAGAGCCCAUCCUAGGUCGUUUAUCGCUAUCGGCGGGCGGCCAGGCGCGUAAUACCAAAAAUUAUUACUUAUUUCUUAGCUUUCCUAUGAUUGAGCCUCAUCGCAGCCUACGAACUAGCUACCUUACAAGCAAGGCUGAUAGAUGAUGGGCUCGUUCGCUAUCGCUCGUCAUCACCUACUAUUCACGAACUGAGGCACGCAAUCUCCUUCGUGUUCGCUUCGUAUAUCAUACCUCCCGUCGUCACUAUACAUAUUUAACUUAGAUACCUUUUUGAGUGGUAAUAUAAAGCCAAGCCGCUUCAUUCGUCAGUUGGAAGCAAGACUCGAUAUUGGAUUCCCGAUGGACGGAUAGUAAGGGGGUUUGGUCGCACACCUACUGAUAGAAAGGGGCGGAUUGUCUCUGGUAGCUUUCUGGCUACCUGGUCCUAGGAAAAAUAUAGUCCUUUGUGUACUCGGUCUUAUUUUUAAGCAGGCUUGGAGAAGGGGAGUUGCUCGCUUUUUCCCGGCGUUCGGACUCACUAUGCAGAAUUUUAUUGAGUAAUUCUUUUAUCGUUGGACUCGAACUUGUAUUGAUGUUGAUUGUGGAUCGUGUGUAUUGUUAUUGUUUACGUAGCGGAUAUGAUACAUCAGGUACAGAAUGCCGUGGAACUUUUCGUGUAGAGUGUCAUAAGAUGUGUGAAGCAUUUUGUGCCGAUAUGUUACAUAUUAUGGUAAACAAUCCCAAUACUAGGAACCACGUGGACAAGUAAAUGUGUAUUUCUAUGCCGUCUAACACUGGAACUACGUCGGC